UAUCUCAGUGAAAAUUGCGGAAUACUUAUACAGCAAGUAAAAGCAAAUACCGUUGAUAUUUGAAAAGCUAAGAGAACUUUUUUGAAGUUUUGAAAGAAAAACUAAAACAUUUGAACAUUUAAAGUGCAAGUGUCAGCAAGCAAGCUAUAAAAGUGAAUUGCAUAUUUUGCAAACAAAAAGACAGUUUCAAAGAACUCUUAAAGAAAAUAUUUUGCAAAAAAAAACAAUUUUUCGCAAAAAAGCGUGUCCAACUAACAGAGACCAAAGUGUUUUUGAAAAAGCCAACAAAUCGGCUCAAAGAACUCUUGCAUUAAUAAUUGUGCGAAAACCACUAACUUACCAGAAGUUCAACAAACAAAACGCCAAACACAAAAAUGGAUAACUCAACGCCGCAAAAUUGCAGCAAUCAGCAAACGACAUGCUGCUCCAAGUCAGCAGCAGUUUCAACUUCGAAAAACACUACAUCCUCACCCAUACACGACGAUCACAAACCCUCUUCCUACUCAUCAUCUGCAUCGUCUUCCAGCGAUAGCAAAAUGCCCAAAUUCAAAACCGCACGCGAUCUGAAAACAUCGCGCGGUUUCCUCAGCUGCAUCGGCAAGCAUUUAGGCUGUCCUUUCCUCCAACAAACUUCACGCCAAGCAGCGCAACAACAGCGUCAUCCGUACAUCUACAACAGUCAGGAUGAUUUGCCCAGCUCCUCGACCGAUUCAUUCUCCCUGAGCUAUGAGCGCGCUUCGCAUUUGGGCUUCCACUUGACGGGCUCAAACAUCGACUUAACCCACAGAGCCGCCGAUAAUCUGGCGCAUCAGUCGAGCGUGCAGCCCAAACAGCACACUCACCGCCAGCAACAUUCCCAGCACGCUUCACGCAAUACACUCUCCUCAUCGGCGUACAGCGGCUCAUCUUAUUCGCCUGCAUUCUGCUCAUUCGAUGUUGAUUGUUUGGUGGAUGCCUACAAUGGCGAUGGCGAUGAUGAAGCGGAUGUCUGCGCCUCUCUAAAAAUGUACCAUCACCAGCAUCACCAAUCCGAUGCACAUGUGGCGCAUAGUUGCAGCAGCUCAGAACACAACACCGAUACGAAUAGCAGCGAUGAGGAUGAUGAAUGUUCCACUCAUGAAGAAUGUUGCGAGCAGCAGCAAAAGCGCAAAAAUAAACAUGAACAACUGCAGCACCACCAGCAGCAGCAUCACCACCAGCAGCAUCAACAUCAGCAAAAGCAGUCCACCUCAACGCAUAGACGUCUACAUUUGAGCCGCCUCUCAAUCGCUUCGUCAGUGACACGCAUGCUAAACCAUUUCGCCAGCAGCACGUCGAUGAGGUCGUUGUCGUGCAGCAGCACACCGCUACGCUGUUUCAAGGAUGCCAAGCCGAAGGAAGCUGAUGACGUAGUGCAUUUGAAUGGCAGGAAUAAGAAUGAGGCCAAGAAGCAUAGCUUGCCGAAUACGUUGUCUGCAUCGUCGAGCGGUAGCAGGAGUAGCAGCAGUGGCAACAGCAGCAGCGGUAGUGGCAGCGGCAGCGGCAGCGGCGCUAAUGGCAAGAAGAAGGAAAAGAAGCAGCAGAGCAUCUUGCGUCCGCCAGUGCACUACGUCUACAUGAAGGGCAUGUCCGGCCUGUAUUCGCGUGUGCCGCGCUACACUGUCUGCUCGCCUUAUGCAAUGCAUUAAAUCGACGCCAGGCGGCAGGCGGUGCGCAGAGCACGUUAGCGUAGGAUAAGAAACAAAUUUGAAAUUUGAUGAAACUGAACACAGACGUAUCGCAAAAGAGGCUGAUUAACUAAGUAUUGUAGUCAUAGACAGAAUAAGCUUCGGAGAAGCCGUUUAUUUUUCCACGUAGACAGCAAAAGACUUGUAAUUAAAAAUUCAUUAAGUAUUCGAAAUACACGUACUAAGUAUAUUUAUUGUAGUCGCAAAAUACUAGCAGUAAGUUUUUAGGCGUAAGCAGGCAGUUGUUUAGGUUCGAAUUAAGGAAGUAAAAAAGAGAAAAUAAUAAUUGGAAAUCGUAGUGCCUCGAGUUAAUGAUAUGAAAGGUUAUCGAAUAAGAUUAAAUGUAUUUAUGUGAGUCUAACUGAAACAGGCAGUGAAAUGCGAAAAAAUGCAAAACUAAAAAAAAAUCUAA